CAUCGCUGAAUGGGAAAUAACCAUUAGACAAAAUGUCCUUAUCAUCCUCUUGCAGGUAGUCGCUUUAAUUAACUGCGCUGCGCCGCUCUACCCCGACAGACCCCAAACCUGGGGGGCAUUAAGACCCUGCAGAGGACACAACAGUCAACAUCUGUCGCCUCGGUCUCCACUGUAUGAAUUGCGCCUGGGUUCCAGUCUGAAGACGCGCAGGCAGCAGUCAGUCUGGCACAGUGCGGGGACCCCGGCGUGGAUGUGCUCAAGUGGAUCCGGGAUGCGAACAGAUGAUGCUUGACCAUGAGAGAAAGUGGAGCCACACGCACCGAGCCGCAGGAAUAAGACAGCGCGCCGCAAAAUGAAGACACCUAUGCGCCAUGGGGUAGCCGUGUUUCUAGUCAUCCUCCUGUGCGCCACCUUGUUCCUUGUGUACAACGGCAGCUUCAACAGCGCUUUCAGGGACGCCAACGACACGCACAUCCGACCACAUGAGCAGCUGCGGCGGCCCACCAAAGCCUCCGUCAGGGUGGCCGAGCCUCACCCCCCGGUCCUCAAGGGAUACAGUGGCAUCAUCGACCAUAAGCCUCUCAAGAUGCACUGCCAAACCUGCGCCCUGGUAACCAGCUCGGGUCACCUCAUCGGAGGCGGGCGGGGGGAAGAGAUCGACCGUGCGGAGUGCGUCAUCCGCAUGAACGAUGCCCCCACCGCCCGGGGUUAUGCCCGCGAUGUCGGUCGCCGCACUUCGCUACGCGUCAUCGCCCACUCCAGCAUGCAGAGGGUCCUGCGGAGUCGCCACGAGCUGCUCAACGCCAGCCAGGACACGGUGUUCAUCUUCUGGGGCCCCAGCAGCUACAUGAGGCGAGAUGGGAAGGGCCUGGUGUACAACAACCUGAGGCUGAUGAGCCAGGUGCUGCCCAAGCUCAAGGUCUACAUCAUCUCCUGGCAGAAGAUGCUGCAGUUCGACGAGCUUUUCAAGAAGGAGACCGGCAAGGAUAGAAGACUGUCCAACUCGUGGUUGAGCACUGGCUGGUUCACCAUGACCAUUGCCCUGGAGCUGUGUGAUAGGAUCAAUGUCUAUGGCAUGGUUGCCCCUGACUUCUGCAGGGAGCCCCAGCACCACUCCGUCCCGUACCACUACUACGAGCCGCGCGGCCCGGACGAAUGCGGCAUGUACAUCUCCCACGAGCGCGGCCGGCGAGGAAGCCACCACCGCUUCAUCACCGAGAAGCGGGUCUUCGCCAACUGGGCGCGGACGUUCGACAUCCACUUCUACCAGCCCGACUGGAGCCCGCCGCCUCUCCCGACCAACCGGACGCUGGAGGGCCUCGUCACCGCGGCGGCACCCGUGCUUCCCCAGAAGACGUGACUGGUGUCGGGGCGCGGCAGACGCUGAAGGCAUCCAUCUCAGAGGGACUCGGGAUUGGUGACGGGGGUGGGGUGAGGGUGUGCUUGCACUGAGGGCUUCAACACCCCCUGCAGAUAUGAGACCGGACGAGUAGAAAACUAGCGGACCCAGAUGGAGAUCGAGUCCUGUGCUCCUGUUGGACGUACCGAACUUUCUCCAAUUCUGUGUCUUUACCGCUUUGGCGGAACCGGUUCCAAGACUUGGCCAUCUUGUGACGUGAGGCUACACAGAGCAAGGAGGCGACACCGUGACACACUCCACUGUUGAUGCAUGCAAUGUUUUACUGUGGAUCUUCCUGGUCUUUCUGCGUUUGUGUGCGCAUGCGUGUGCGCGCGUGUAUGUGUAUGUUUACCAGAGGGACGCGCAGAGCAUACAACCGUGACUUUGGGCCUAACCACGAAAGCCCCUGUUUGACUACCAAGGUUUCACUGCUCCCAGUUCAUAGAAAAACACCCACUGCAGCGCCUGUCAGCUCACAAUGAGGACUAAAUUUGCUGCUGGACAUGGUACAUGCUGCAUACUAAUAGCGUCAUUUAAUUCAAAAUGCGAUCUUAAUUGAUCUCAUCUAUUUGAGAAUGUAUGAAUGAUCCCGGUUCAGAUUUUGCAUCAGUUUGCAGGUUUCGAGGAUGGAGGAGGUCAAGUGGGAUGAGACUCUCCGGGCCCUUGCGUUGCAUGUCGAGGCAGAGACAUGUGAAUCAUUCCUCCGAGCUUCAUCCAUACCGCUUGUCGCGUGCGCGCACCUUAAGCUCGCACAGGUGUCAGCCGAGUCAAACUUCGCAGUUGCAGCACUCCCGACUUGAAUGACGGCGCGUCUCAUUCGCCGGGACGUUCCCAUCCCGCGUGUGUAUGUGUCUGCGUCGUCUCGUCUGCACCUUGGCGUAUACGUAUGUAUCAUAAGGCUUUGUCAGCUCCUGUCACCAGUUAAUAGGGCGAUUUAUAUAGCUACAAGCUGGAUUUCCAUGUAAAUGCACAGCCAUGUCACACACAAGACAAGUGGGAGAUUAAGAUCGAGAGCGGGGAUGUGGUGGCGGCAUCCAUCCUACUAUAUUCAUCUGCUGCCGCCUCUGCCAUCCUAUAAGCCUCAUAGGACAAUAGCACCAUUUGGGAAAAUAUUGGGAUUUUUUUUCCGCCCCUUAGAUUGAUGAGCAUGUGAUCCGUGCACUCCCUCCUUCCCUCUCGAUAAAUGAUGAGCGUGUGCUGUAUGCAAUCUCAUCUGCCAUCGCUCGCUCUCAUUUGAUAAGUGUAACAUGUAAGAUAUCCCGUUCUCUCUCUCUCUCUCUGAGACCUUUGUUCCCGUCUCUCCAUCUCAGUGAGGAUCAGACGUCAGUCAAGAGAAGGCGACGAGAGGCGUUGUUAUCUUAAUGGUAUAUCCUGGUGCUAAGUCCCUACUGAUUUUACCUUCAUCGCUGUAAUGUGAGUAAUGAGGGCUGGGAUGCUUUGGGUCAGACACACAGGUGCUCACACAAAAGGGGAACGUGUUUCGAGCUACGUUCCCCCCCGGUGGAGAUGAAGAGGCGCCUGCUCCUCGUGCGGCGCUACAUCACCAGGAGCUGUGGGAGUGCUGCCUGUGCGCGCUGACACCCGGCACUCGGAAUCUGCAUCUAAUGCCAAGAUCCAUGUGUGUUUGUGUCUGUUUUCCCCGAGAGGCUGAGCGGCGGUGUGCAGCAACAUGUAUCUGCAAAGUGAACAAGCUCUUGAACAUCUGAGGCUCCUGCCUAAGUCAGUCUGUACAGGGUCACAGUAUAUUGUUAUGCCAGUUUUUUUUUUUUUUCUGUCUUCUCUUUUUGCACAUUAUGGAAACAAGUCAUUCCACUCAAUAAAAGACUUUCUUUUUUUUUUUUUUUUUCAAAGGGAGUCUGGCAUUCAGUAGUCCAUUUUUACACUGUUGUAGACAAAUAUAGAGUGGCAAAGAUGUGGGGGAAAAUAAAUAACUGACUGAAAUGCGUCUUUUGUAUUUGGAAGUAGCAGCAGCUGCAUGUCAAAUGAAGAUGAAGUGAACAGGUUUAGUGGAAGAUGGGAAGCCGGUGACUCACCCUCGCCCUCAACUGAUGGCGCUACCUCCUGCCGUCUUACUUUUGUGUCUUUCUUCCUGUCUGGUUGUGCCAUCAGGCUGCCUCAUAUUGAAAUAAUAAUGAAAGACAGGCAGGGAUACAGGAGCGUCUCAUUUACCCCCACCUGGAGCUAAAAAUAAUCCCCCCGACCGUGCUCGCAGCUGAACAAGUGUUAGAGCGCCCCGUGUAUUUGCAAGUAGUGGUGCCACAUCUGAAGAGAAG